CCUUGCUGCAAGCGAGUGCACUGGGUAGGAAGUAUACAUGAACGCUUGUCUCUGUCUUGAUGGCACGGAAUGUGUGUCCCCAUUCCCUGAUUUCAACUGUGAACUAUUUGCAGCGUCUUUUGUACGUGCUUUUUGUAGUAAAAAAGCAGCCAGGUGCAUCUAUGGUGCGGAUAUCAUGCACAGAGCGGAGGACAAAGACAACCAGACAUACUCUUCUGCACUGUAUUUUGGUCCAAGAAAGAGAGGAGGCAGGCAGGCAGCAGCACUUUUUAUUGCCAGGGAGAGAGCUGUAGCUUUUCAGACACAAGAGCUUGGUUCUAUUAAUGAUGUGCACUGGUUGGGCUACAUAUAAUUUGAGUCUUCUUAUAUGGGACAUUUAGCUGAACUCAACACAAAGCAACACUGUUCGCUAGAGUUGAUACCUCAGCUCAAGUGCUAUAGCUUCAUAUACUUAGAAAUGGAGAUGACUGAGCUAUACAGUGGGAUCUGCAGUUCUUUCUCUCCGUCAGCUAUCAUUC